AUGAGUGUGGCGGCGGACAUGCGCGAAUGGGUGUGUGGCUGUGAUGGAUGGAAUGGCAGCAUCUGCGCACCGUCUCGUCUAGCCAGAGAGUUUGCGGACGAUCCGCAUGGCCCGUAUCCUGCCGCCGCCGCCACCCAGGGAUCCCUCAACCUCGUGUAUUUCUUCAGCGAGCUGGGCGAGCGGCAGCGCCCGACCGCGCUCCUGCCAAUGGCAGCCCACGUCCAUCCCCAGCGUCCAGAGCGCCUCUGCCCCUGCUUCUCUGGGGAGACCUUCGCGCAGUGCCCCGCCGCGGCCCGCUCCCUGCCCAACCAUAUCCGAAGGCUUUCGGUGCGGUUCUGA